CUCGGCACGAGGCGAAGAACUUCGAAAAAAGUGAUCGUGUAGAAAAUGUACUGGGAUCGGUUGCAUGCCAACAAAUGCUAACUGCAGUCGGCAAUCUGGUUUCAGCGAGCGUUGACCUAGGGAGAAACUUAUCUCCACUCCGGCACUGGCGACAGACUCCACCAAGUCCUUGGACCCCAAGGCCUCGCCAUAAAGUCAGUCUGAUUUCGGCAAGAGCCAUCUCCACACAGAAGAGAAAGAAGAUCUUUUAUCACCAAUCGUCAUCAUGAAAUUCCUUCACUCCUUCUUGAUUUUGGUUCUGGCCAGCGCUGCCAUGCCCGUCCAAGGCAAAAAGGCCCGAAAGCUGAGCAAGCUUCCCGACUCUGUCAAAGCCAACUCCAACCUUGGAUCCAAGAUCAUGGCCAAUGCUCGUCGUUUGGAAAACGAUGAUGAAGUUGACUUUACAUGGGUUGCCGACUUUUCCAUCAAGUUCCAGGGCUGCCACCACAUUUCCCAAUGGAACGAUGAAGCCGACGGUGAAGAAGAUGUCCGCAUCGCCACCAAGCGCCUUGUACGAUUCCGACUGUGCCCCACCAACACUUGUUCUUUGGAGAAUGCAGGAGGUUGCAGCACGGGUUACGGUGAUUACGUCAUUGACAUGAACAUUUACCUCGAGGCCUUUCUGGAGUCCGUUGAGGAGUACAAUGCCGCACGAUGUGAAUACCUCGAAGCCAUGUCUGGCUGUGACAACGACAACAAUGGAGGAAACGAAGAUUACUGUCUGUACGACUACUACGCCGCCAAUGGAGUCGCUGAUAUCUGUGCCGACGAAAAUCCCUACCAAAACAACUACAACGGACAAGACGAACAGGAGGAGUUCGACAUCGCUGAAUACACUGAGUGUGCCCAAGCUGACAUUCAGAACAACCAAAAUGGAGGACGUAAAUUGGAGCAACAAGUAGAAUACUACAUGGGACCCUACUGCGCCGAACAAGGAGGAUCCAUCUACCUCGGUCUCUUCACUGAUGAUUCGUGCACUACCUUUGCCGAUGAUUAUGGUGGAAAGGAGGCUUACUACAGCAUGACUGGAAAAGAACUGCCAUACGGGGAGACCAACAUGAUCACCAUGGACUGCUACAGCUGUAUGGAGGCCGAAGCACAAUACAACUACAAUAACAACAAUGGCAACGACAACGAAGAUGCGGACAAUGUCAGUGAAAUGUGCGAGAUGAUCUACACAAAUGCAGGAAAGUGCGAGAACAGUCUUGAAGUCAAUGGUGUCUACCCCAACUACAACGCUUGCUCUUACAUUCAAGGUAUCCAAGUCAUUCGCAAGAAUGGUAUCAUUGUCAGUGCAGGAUCCAAGGCAAACAAGACUGCAUCGAUCUUUAUUGGAAUCUUUGUCGUCGCCUUUGUCCUUCUAUCGGCAUAUGUGUACUACCUCAAGACAAAAUUGGAUCGUGCAACCAUCAGCCUUGACAACUAAUUCCACCACUUGUAUAUUCUGCCAUCCGGGCGCGUGCACAAGAGUAUGGGCUCUUGGUCGUGCACCAACCGUGAGAAAGCGUUUUGUCUUAGUCUGAAAAGAUAUUUGUUUACUUUUUACAGUAUAACCUAUUAGCACCUCAUAAAAGAUACAACCCUCCUAUUGAUUGAUUGUAAGGUGAUAGCUUGUAGCGUAGUAGUACCUAGAUUCGUCAUUGCGA